AAGCAAAGUAAUCAAAUCUCUCUCUUUCUCUCUCUUCUUCAUGUUAUCGGAGAUCCGGCUCCUGUAACGGAACCCUAGCAGCUCUCCAAAAAAUCUCAGCGCGCAAUCGCUCUUGCUAAUCAAUCAUCCAAUAUUAUUUAUACCACCUCCACCACCAUCAUUCUCCCUUGUAUUAUUUCUUCACUGCACUGCACUGCACUGGAAUGUCAAAAUCUUGGGGAGCAAUUACCUCAUGGGCCGCUGAAGCAGAGGCUGAGGAGCAAGAACAGGCUGCCGCUGCCGCUGCCUCUUCCGCCGACUCCCAGAGUUUCCCCAGUCUCAAAGAGGCUGUCUCCACCAAACAGAAGAAAAAAAAGAUGACCUUGCAGGAGUUCACCAUGGGAACCAGGCCGCCGCCGCCCGUUCUAGGCAGGCGAGAUUCGUCUUCGGAUCACAAGGGCUUGACUCCCGAUGAAAUGAUGAGGCUACCCACGGGCCCCAAAGAGCGCUCACCCGAUGAAAUGCAAUAUGGACGCAUGGGAGGAGGAGGAGGAUUUUCCACUUACGGUCGGUCUGGUGGCUUCCCUGCUCGACGCGAUAGAGAAGAUAGUAGUGGUGGUGGUGGUGGUGACGGUGAUACUUCUUGGGGGGGCGGUGGUGGUGGACGUAGAUCGUAUGGAGGAGGGUUUGAUGAGGAUCGUAGGCAACCCCCCCCACUUCACAGGGCUUCGGAUUUUGAUCAACCAUCUAGGGCAGAUGAAGUGGAUAACUGGGCAAUGGCCAAAAAACCUCUUCAAUCAUAUGAUUCAGGUCCUACCCGUCCUCCUAAUCGCUACGGCUCCCUUGGUGCUGGCGAAGGGAUGUCUAGGGCUGACGAAGUUGAUAGUUGGGCAGCAGGAAAGAAACCCAUCCCAGCAUCAGCAGCCAGAUACUCCUCCUCCACCACCACUUCCUCCUCCACCACCUUUGGGGCUUCUACUUUUCGCAAUACUGGACCAGAACCAGAGAGAUGGUCAAGUGGUGAACGAGUUGAUCAAGAGCGGCCCAAACUGGUACUACAGGCACGCAGUGAAGCGGCAGCUGUGUCUGACGCGCCAAAGGCUAACAAGCCAAGCCCCUUCGGAGCUGCGCGGCCUAGGGAAGAGGUUCUAGCAGAGAAGGGAUUGGAUUGGAAAAAAAUUGACCUGGAAAUCGAUGCUAAGAAAACAAGCAGGCCGACCAGCUCUCAGUCUAGCAGGCCGUCAAGCGCACAAUCAAAUAGGUCAGAGGGUCAAGGUCUGCAGGGGGGUGGGGUUGUUGAAGGGGCUUCAAAGCAGAGGCCCAAGGUCAAUCCUUUUGGGGAUGCUAAACCUAGGGAACUUUUGCUCGAGGAGAAAGGAAUGGACUGGAGAAAAAUUGACCUGGGACUGGAGGAGUAUCACGGCGGUGGUGGUGGUGGUGUUGGGAGGUCUGAGUCAGAUGCUGAGAAGAAUUUGAAAAAGGAAAUAGAUAAUCUAAAAAAGGAGCUUGAGAAAGUAUCUGCACCAAAUGGUAAUGGGGAAGCUCAAUUGGUAGGAUCCGUUGAACAAAAAAAAAUAAAAAAAGAGUUAGAGGACUUGAUAGUUAGUAAAGAAAAGGAACUAGAAGUAUUGAUGAAUGAUUUAGAUGGCAAGGUCUUGUCUGGUCAAAAACAUGUUGAGAGACCAGGUUCUGGAGCAGGUAGGGUCUCUGGCAUUCCUGAGAGACCUCCUUCUCAGUCUGGAAGAUAUGAGGAAUCUAGAAAUGUAGCAGCAGCUGCAUUCAUUGAUAGGCCUCGAUCACGUGGUAGAGGAGGAGGAGAUGCAUGGACAAGGCAAAGUGAUGAUAGAAGAUCUUUUCGUGGUGGUGGCGGCGGCGGUGGCAGGGAAACUGGGUUCCUGGGGAACAGCAGGGAUAUGGACAGGUCAAGGGAAAGAUGGUGAGCUUAUUAUUAUGGAUUCUUUUUGAGGUUUAAAGUUCUCUCUCCCACUCCCCUCCUCCUCUACUACCACUACCACUCUGGUGACUGUUGAACAAAAAUAAUUGGUAUCUCUGGAUAAUAUCUUCUCUCCUGGAAGGAAUUUGAUGAGUGCAUUCAUUUGAACUAUAUAUAAAUAGAGGAGAUGUAUAAGCAUGCUCUGUAGUUGUUGUUGUUGUUGCUGGAAUUCUGUAAGAAAAAAAGAAGAAGAUUUUGCCUUCUUUUCCUGCUGCUUUCCUUGUUGUCUGUGACUACUCACUACUAGUAGUAGGGUAGGGAACAGAACCACUAGUAUUUUGUUCAUUGGACUCUUAAAUAUAUAUAUAUAUAUAUAUAUUUGUUAAGAAACAAACAUGCACUUUUUUUCAUGGCAUUUCUCCUCGCUCCCUCCUUAUUGUAAUGCUUGCAUGCAUGCCACUUAUGUUAUUUGAAAUUAGCUCCUGAAUAUGAUUUGUUUGGUGUUGAUUCUCUA